AUGCCCAACGAGAAAGUAAUCAAUACCCCUCGGGAUCCAUAUCAAACUACAACCACGGGUUCUGACCAGAGAUUCAGAUCCCAACAACCCAACAUUGGAAAUACAUUGGCGCAGGAUCUAGCAUUAAUCCCAAAUUUAGAUCCAGAAAUUUCCCGAUUGAUCAAGGGGUAUUUACCUUUUAUUACCUUACAUGAGGUAAACAUUAUUGGUGGCCCAGUUGGAAAACCACCAAACUUCCGACCAGAUCUAGUCAUCCACAACCCAAAGGAUCCUGAAAAGAUCCAAAAAACUUAUGUGACUUCAAUCGUAUAUGCAAUUAUCACUCGCUCCAUAUCAUCUCUACCCGAUGAUAUUGGAACCAUAUUUGCAGGGUAG